UUACAGGUGAAAAAAGCCAAGAUGCAGGAAUCAGGAGAGCAAACUUUAAGUCAAGUAAGCAACUCCGAAGUCAAUGAUCAGAAACCUGAAACUUCAAGCCUUGCUUCAAACCUUACCAUGUCGGAGGAAAAUGCUGUUCCAGUGGUUCUCAAACUUUCAACAUACCUAAGAGUCAUCUGGAGAGCUUGUUUGUAAUGUAGAAUUCUAGCCUCAUCUUCAGUGAUUAUCAUUCAGUAGACCUGAUGUGGAUGGGAAUCUGCAUUUCCAAGAAGAUAGCUAAUUCUGAUACAUAUGGGAAACUGCUCUAAUCAAUGAAAAGUGUCUACUCUAAUUUUUUUAAUCUCACUCAUCCCCAAGAAAAAGGCCUGUUCCUUAUAUACUUCAGGGCCCAGAGGUAAGUUGUCUUCUUGCUUCUUGAAAAGCAUUUCUCUUUUUUUCUCAAAAACUCUAGUUCCUUUGAAGUCUAUAUUUAUGCCCCUCCCCCACAUUUCUUUUUACCUCAGACUGAACUCCUAGUCAUUUUGCUCUUUAAAGACUAGAUCUUCUUUUUCUUCUCCAUCCAGACUCUUAUUAUUCUUGGUAGUUUCAACAUUCAUGUAGAUGACCUAUCCAAUACCCAUAAUGUCCUUCUUGUUUUCCUGUCCCUUUUUACUCAGCAUAGAUUCUAUGGUUCUUUAUUAUAAUUACUCCCUUACAAAUAUCUUCAAUAAUUUGGCCUCUUGUACUCUUCUUGCUAAACCCCAGCCAUAAUUUAAUCCAACUCUCCACCUUCUCUAUAAGUGCAUUCAAAUAGCUGAACAUUAUUGGAUGAAUUAUACACCUAGCUGACUAUUUACUCACAGGGCCUCAAGUGGGCACCCUACUACAUUUCACUCAUGAGUUUUACCUUUUAAUAUUUCACACCACUUCUUUCCUCUCGAAGCACCCAUACUCAUUCACCUUUCUUCAUGCUUACCUGAUGACUCCUUCUCAAAUAGAAGCUCUCUGUGACAGGAAGCUCCCUUAUUAUCCUACCACCACCAGAUCUUCAAAGCUACUUGUGUUUGUACCCAUGUUAUCUUCCUUCAUUCUUGUCAGAAUUGGAAUAGUAUUCUUGCUCCUGUCAAAGGUAAAACCUUUUAUUUGUGCUUCAUACCUGUCUGUGCUCACCUCCCCCAAGGACUUUGGUACUUUGGUUAUCCUAAUACCAUUCCUGCAUCGUCAUGUUCUUCUCUUCUUAAUCCAUCCUGUCAGUAAAGAGACAUGAUUCAGUAUCUACCAUCUUAAAACACAAAACCGUCCUUUGGGUCCACAUCCCCUGCUAGAUAUAGACCUUCUCUUUGUUCCAUGACCCAUUGGAACCUCUGGAAAGAGUUGCCCUCACUUGCUUUCUCACCUCCCAUUCGCCCUUCACCCCUCUCAAAUUUAGCUUCUGUCACCACUCUUCCAAUGAAAUUGCUUUUGUCAAGGUCAUUAGUUACUUUCAGUAACUGAAAGUGCUAGUUCUAGUGGACAUUUCUCUCCUUGUAUCCUGCCUCCCACUAUUUUUUUCUCCCACCUUUCUCCUUUGCUGGCCUUUCUUCUACUAUCUGAACUCUGAAUGUUGGUGGGCCUCAGGGUUUGGUUCUAGUCUACCAUCUUUGCUCUUUCUGCAUCCUCUCAUCCAUUACUACAUUACUUUAAAUGUUUUAUACAUUGUUAACGAAUUCCAAAUUUAUAUUUCUAGUCUGACUUCUCCCCUAAUUUCAUUUGUGAAUCCAGCUGCCUACUUGACAUCUCCACUUAGAUAUUUAAAAGGAAAGUCAUACUUAAAAUGUGUGAAAGCUUUUUAUUCCCUUAGCCCUCACCAAAUCUGUUCUCUUCCCGAACUUCCCCAUAUUUGGAAGUGGUUUCACUAUCCUUCUAAUUACUCAAGCUGAAAACCUAGAAAUUAUCCUGUAUUCCCGUUUUCCUCAUUCCUUACAUACAAAUUCAUCAGGAUGUCGUGUUAGUUUUACCUUCAGGAUAUAUUUCAAGGUUUUGCUUCAUCUCCACUGCUUUUUUUUUUUUUAACCAGUACAAAGUUAAACACAUCCAGAUUUAUUUACACAAAGCUAAAGAAAUUUGGGUUCUAUUUCCAUUUUGUGUAAUUUUAUUCUGGGGUCUGGCUUUGUUGUGUAGCUGACAUAGGUCAUUGAAACUUGAUUAUCCCACCUCACAUGCAAUUUUUUGUCACAAGGGAACAGAAGACUUGGGUAUUUAGCGCACAUACAAUAAUGAUCUUAAUACUUUUACAAUUUAGUAGGAAGGCAGCUGUCCCACAGCUUGGCAAGGGGACAGAGAAGUUACAGAUUUUAAGCAGAUUAUGCCUUGACUCUUUUUUUAAAAAAUUAUUUAUUUUCUUUAUUUAUUUUGGCUGCAGUAGGUCUUAGUUACGGUACAUGGGAUCUUCCUUGAGGUAUGCAGGAUCUUUCAUUGCGGCACAUGGGCUCUUCGUUGCGGUGCGUGGGCUUCUCUCUAGUUGUGGCGCGCGAGCUUUUCUUUCUCGUGGUGCGUGGGCUCUGUAGUUUGCGGCAUGCGGGCUCUCUUGUUGAGGCACACAAGCUCAGUCGUUGUGGCGCGCGGACUUAGUUGCCCCUGGCAUGUGGGAUCUUAGUUCCCCGACUAGUGAUAGAACCCUCGUCCCCUGCAUUGGAAGGCGGAUUCUUCACCACUGGACCACCAGGGAAGUCCCUUGCCCUGACUCUUGAUAAGUUCCCAAGUACUGCAAAGAUCAAGUCUCAUUCAUUCUCUUGAGAAGUAAAAAUUGGCCUGUAUCUCCCAGGAUGUUUUGUGGACCUCUUCUAGAAUUAAAUUAAAUCAGAGGAGGAGAAGGAUUUGGGUUUUUGAAUGUACUUGUCAGCAGAGAAGGAACCAUUAUGUAGAAUUUCAAAUGAACUUCCAUUCUAUGUGAUGAAUGCUAAGAACUUUAGAUCUAAUUGAGAUCCCCUUCAUUUUUGUCAAAGUGAUUAUGGAUUAACAUAAUCUGCAAAUUGCCAUUAAGUAUUUUCAAAGACUUUGAACAAUGGCAGUGGACAAGAUUCAUGAUAAACUCACAGAUGAUGAUUUAUCGUACUGUUGGGCAUGAAUUGUCCCUGCAUCUGAUCUUGAUCAGGGUUCCCUUUUUGGGUCAGACACUCAGGGAACCCAGCUGGACAUAAAGUUAGUUGGUUCACCCUUAGUCCCUAAUCACAAUAGAGCAACCUCCUUUAUAGUUGUUGAAGGAAGUUCUUGAACAGUUGAGGAGUCUGGUACAAGCUCUGUGUGAUGUUACUCUGUCUACAAUAUGGACUGAAAUAGUGCUAAUGAAUAGGAUUCUGCUAUCUGUCAAACUUGAGUUGAAUAUUUACAGUAUUUAUCCCAGAUGAAAUCAUUAGGGUCAAGCCUCAUGACGGUAUCUAUUCUGGAUGAAGUCAUGGAGGUGAAGAGGACACUAGCUGUGAAAGUCUCUUUACUUGAUGGUUUAUCAGAGUAUUACAUCAGUUCCUCAGUUAUGACAUGCACCGAUUACAUCCCUCGCUCAUCCAAUGAUUAUACCUCACAAAUGUAUUCUGCAAAACCUUAUGCACAUAUCCUCUCAGUUCCUGUUUCGGAAACUGCUUACCCUGGGCAGACUCAGUAUCAGCCACUGCAGCAGUCUCAACCCUAUGCUGUCUACCCUCAGGCAACCCAAACAUAUGGACUACCUCCUUUCGGUGCAUUGUGGCCAGGUAUGAAACCUGAAAGUGGUUUAACUCAGACUCCAUCUCCAAGUCAACACAGUGUUCUUACCUGCACUACAGGGUUAACCACAAGCCAGCCAAGCCCAGCACAUUAUUCUUAUCCCAUUCAAGCUUCAAGCACAAAUGCCAGCCUGAUACCCACUUCAUCUACUAUUGCCAAUAUUCCAGCAGCAGCAGUUUCCAGCAUCUCAAACCAGGACUAUCCCACCUAUACUAUCCUUGGUCAAAGUCAGUACCAGGCUUGCUACCCCAGCUCCAGCUUUGGAGUCACAGGCCAGACUAACAGUGAUGCUGAGAGUACCACUUUAGCAGCAGCCACAUACCAGACGGAGAAGCCUAGUGUCAUGGUACCUGCUCCUGCAGCACAGAGACUUUCCUCUGGAAACCCUUCUACAAGCCCAUCUUUGACCCAGACUACACCAAGUAAAGAUGCUGAUGACCAAUCCAGGAAAAACAUGACUGGCAAGAACCGGGGCAAGAGGAAAGCUGAUGCCAGCUCUUCCCAGGACAGUGAAUUAGAACGGGUAUUUCUGUGGGACUUAGAUGAAACCAUCAUCAUCUUCCACUCCCUUCUUACUGGAUCCUAUGCCCAGAAGUAUGGAAAGGACCCAACAGUAGUGAUUGGCUCAGGUUUAACAAUGGAAGAAAUGAUUUUUGAAGUGGCUGACACACAUCUAUUUUUCAAUGACCUAGAGGAGUGUGACCAGGUGCAUGUGGAAGAUGUGGCUUCUGAUGACAAUGGCCAAGACUUGAGCAACUACAGUUUCUCAACAGAUGGUUUCAGUGGCUCAGGAGGUAGUGGCAGCCAUGGUUCCUCUGUGGGCGUCCAGGGAGGUGUGGACUGGAUGAGGAAACUGGCUUUCCGUUACCGAAAAGUGAGAGAAAUCUAUGAUAAGCAUAAAAGCAAUGUGGCUGGGCUCCUCAGUCCCCAGAGAAAGGAAGCACUGCAGAGACUAAGAGCAGAAAUUGAAGUUUUAACAGAUUCCUGGUUAGGAACUGCAUUGAAGUCCUUACUUCUCAUCCAGUCCAGAAAGAAUUGUGUGAAUGUUCUGAUCACUACAACCCAACUGGUUCCAGCUCUGGCCAAGGUUCUCCUAUAUGGGCUAGGAGAAAUAUUUCCUAUUGAAAACAUCUACAGUGCUACCAAAAUUGGUAAAGAGAGCUGCUUCGAGAGAAUUGUGUCAAGGUUUGGAAAGAAAGUCACAUACGUAGUGAUUGGAGAUGGACGGGAUGAAGAAAUCGCAGCCAAACAGCACAACAUGCCCUUCUGGAGGAUCACAAACCACGGAGACCUGGUGUCCCUCCACCAGGCUUUGGAGCUUGAUUUUCUUUAAGAACUGGAAUGAAGAGCCUUCCCCGCGAGCUCCUUUUCACUCCUGAAAGGAGCUAGAGACCGGAACCAACUGGGAACUCUUUCUCCAUGGAAUGCUGGCGAGAACACAAUCAAAACCAACAGCUGCAAGAGAUGAAGCUUAUUUUUGCUAAGAGUGAGCUGCAGCCCCGUGUUCAUCCUCACAUAGGAGGGGAAGACAGUUGGAUUGAGAGAACAAUAGACUCACCGCAGCUACAGUGCUUUUAACUCUUCUGGGUUUUGUUUUGUUUUAUUUUGUGUCAAAAUAAAUGAAGAAAAAGAAAAGGAAAUUCUUGGGGCAGAGUUGCACUCUGCGUCCGUGACCAGAAUGAGAACUGCCGUUAACUUGUGGUGAUAGGAUAAACGCAGCAGACUUUUAUAAUAACAUCUCUUGCAGUCUUUGUAAUCUCCUUAGCUGUAGAACAUAUUCCCAGUGAAUGUAUAUGUUAUUUUUAUAGGUAAGGGUCUGGUCUCUGAAGCAGGUUCCCGCCCUCUUUCUAGCAAGAAAGGGGUCUGUAAAGUUUCCUUGGAAACUCGUAACUGAACUAUCUGAGAUACCUCUCUGUGACGGUAGCACCUCCUCAGCUGCCCAGCUCCCUGCUCUCUCGGGCGGUUUCCUUCCGGCUCCUCCAUCUCCUGGCUGGCUGCACUGUGGGGCAUGGACACUGAUUCACUGUAGACUUUGCUGGUUCCCAUCCUAGAAGCCUUAGUCCCCUUUCCAGUCCCUCUCCCCUUUCACCAAACGGCACAACCCUAGAAACUCCUUCUCUUAGACAGUAAAUUGUAAGCCUUCAGCUUGACUCUUAGUCGAAGGGUAUGUCCCAAGGGGCUUACCUCCAAACUGGAGAGAAGAACUAAGGCUUCUUAGGAAUUUCCACUUCUUUGGCUCUUGAAACAAGAAGAUUCCACCUUUUCCUCCUGCAGAGAAACACCCUUCCCCAACACAUGUUCACCUCUACAGCGCCCUCACCCUUCUUAGUCAUCAGUGCUGGGCUCUUGGCCCUUUCCUGCCCUCUGUACCUCAUGUCCACCCCCAUGCAGCUCUGGCCAGUCCCCAGGCUUUGGACCCAAGUAGUCAAGUCUGAGAAAAGGUUCAUAAUCACAUUUUGGCCAAAACUACGAAGGGAUCUGACUUUCUUUGAAUCCUUUAAGCCCUGUUGAAAGGUGUUCUGUAGGUGUAUUUACCCAGAUCUCAGCCUGAAACUGAAGAACAGAUUGCCAUGAUCACAACUCAGUUUUCCCAUGGAAUAUACCCUUCCCACUUCUCAAAUCCCCUUCUAAAAUGGGAAACCAGAAGGCCAGAAACACUUUCCUGAUUUAAAUGAGGUGGUAGACCCCCUACUCCAUGCCUGAAAACUCAAUCUUGGGCCCAAUGCAGGAACAUCUCUCAACCUGACUUCUGGGAGGAUCGGUGGGUGCCCAGGCACUGGUCGCAGCCUUCAGUCCAGCUGUGUUUGUGGAUGCCCCAUCCCUCCAAGACUGGCCUGGGCAUCUGCUCAGGCAGAAUAAACUUCCGUAGAGCUGAGGAAGUUCGGCCUCUUCCAGGUUGCACAGAGAGAGGUGAUUUUAUAAGCACCUCAGAGAGGUGCAGUCUGGGUCCUUAGUAGGAGGCAUCCUUGACCAACCCCAGCUAUAAAUGCUUGUACUCAGAGAUUCUGCAUAUCCAUUUUCAGAGAUGUUGCAGCACAAAGGGGUCAGGUUCCUUCCAAAGCCAGGUCACCCAGAGAAAGGCUGGUAUACACACAUUCCCUCAGAACUGAUUGAGAAAGUGCUUCGUGACUCAGUUUUAGAGAAGAUGUUUUUGGAGAGGAGCUCAAGUCAGUGCUCAUUACUUAGCUGCCUCUUUGGCCUGUUUCCUUUGGACGGGAAAUACAAAGCCUGAGGCGGACCUUCUUGGUCUGAGUUCAGCAUAGUUGCCCAGAUGCUGCUCUGCCUUGCUUGGUAAUUUAUCUUAGAAUGCUUUAGGGUGGGUCUGUACUUCCAGGCCCCAAGCCCUCCCCGUACCGGCAGUAGAGCUGUUGGUUUCUUGCCCUGGGCAUAGGCCACCCUGUUGGUGCUGUGCUUCAGGCUGCAGAGCGGUACCCACGUCGUGCACACAGGUCCACACACACACACUUCCCUCUCCCUGCCCGCUGGGACAAGCUCUUUAUUCCUAGAAUAUGACUUGGAGUCCCUUUGCGAUGGCCUUUUCUCUCUUGCUCUGACUGCACGGCUCAGGUCUUUGCAAAAGGAACUUGAAAUUGGCUAAGGGAGGUGAGGAAGCUCUCUGAGCAGUGCCGCCUUUGCUCUUUUCUGGUUGUUUAGAGGGUAGACAGAAAAUGGAGCUUCCUGGCUCCUCUUUGCCAAAAUGAAUUGUUCAGGGAGCCCAGUGAUCUUCUUGGAGCCUGUGUUUUCCUCUUCCCCAGCACAGAGGUCUGGAGAGGAAAAUAAGUAGGCAGCACCACGAGUUCUUGGAGGCUGAGGUCGAAAGGAUACUGUGGGUCCUUUCAUCAAGGGGGAAGCCCUCUUGACUAGAAAGAGUCCCCAUGGAAUAAGCCACAUGAUGAGUCCUUUUUCCAGCUGGGCACCGUGGGUUCUGUAAGAUGGGUCUGCACGUUUCGUGGUGAGAGCUAGGCCGUCUCUAGUAGGGAAUCGAGUUGUCAGCCGUGUCCUGGGUUUAAGAGGUGGCUUUACUUUCGAAUGUAAAACUGACUGUGCCUUAGCAUCACCCUGUCCGGUGCCCCUGGGGCAGCUGGUGGUGUCCAGGAGAGUGGAUGCCUGCUCCAGAUUCAGAUGCCUACUUGGGCUUUUAUUUGGUUUGGGAUAUUCCUGUCUUCUGCAAGUUGGGGGAGCAAAGCUAGUGUCCCAGGAGACUUGUGCCACAGCUUGUUCGCAGUUUAUAAAAACUUGUUCGCGUUAAAGCUCCAAGCAGAAUCUGAUUGGCAAACUCCAGCUGCAGUAUAUGGAGCUUCUAGAUGUUCACUACCUUGAAUGGGUGUCGGUGCCACUGAACCGUGGGGGAGAGGAGCCGAGGGGCGGAGCCACGCUCUCCCUCCUCCUGGGAGAGCGAUGGUCUAAGCCCAGGGCUGGUGGGCUUGGGGCCUUCCCCUCCUCACUCCUGCAGGAAGGGGGCACUUAGGACCCCUCUUAAGCAGGCUUCUGUUUCUUACCACUAAAUUGGCUUCCUUUUUCAUCCAAAAGUUGGAAUUCCCCAAAUACCCUGUAGAGGCCAAAUCUGAAUUCUGAGAUUUUGAAAUAUCUUAAACCACGAGAGAAAAUCUAGUUCUGUCCCACCUCUGAUCAGCAGGCCCUCUGUCCCUUCCUCUCCUCUGAGUCAGACAGCUCUAGCAAGCAAGGUUACUUAGCUAGUUCCUAAUGCACUGAUGGGAGCCAUCCCAUUAAGGACGACCUCUACUCCAAACAUGACCCUCUGGACUUCAGAUGCCUCAUUUAGCAGGAAAAGGCACUGAUUAGAUAUAUUUAUGUGACUGCGGGCAUUUGUGGCUGUAGAGUCCUUGACCAUAAUGUUAUAUGUAAUGGGAACUAUCUUAUAAACUUGAAAAAAUAAAGUUUUUAUUUUCUA